ACGAAAGAAAGGAACAUGAAGAAUGAGGUGAUGCAGAACAAGGGGCAGAGGAGGACACCAAGGUCGCAUCUUUGCACAUACUGCACACUGCCUACCACUGCAACCUGCCCAUGUCCCUUGCGAGAGACAUCAUCGUCACUUACUCACCCACUCCCUACAACUCCCCUACAACUCCAGCGGCGCGCAAUAGCAGUUGCCAGCCUUGCAGCACCGCAUCUCCACCAGGAGCACAUCCUCUCCGGUGCAUGCUACCCACAUGAUGCUCCUAUCCCGCCCUUUUUUUCUCUUUCUUUUCCUGGAAACGCAAGGGAUUCGUUGCCGCGCGCGCGAGGUCCCGACACUACAAAUGCUGCAUUGGGAGAUGCCGACGGGUUGGGGGGCGGUGGAUGGGAAGGCGAGGUCGAGGAUGUGGGGUUAACGAGGGGUGUUUGGGGAGGGAAGAAGAGCCUGGGGAUUGCACCUCCACGCAACUGCCAAUCUAGUUCAGAGCCCUGGCGGCACCAUGGCGCUCAAGAUGUACGAUGCGUGUUCCAUGGCUCAACUGAGCAUUCGGUUGCGGCGAGUGAGGAAGACGAAGCAGUGGGAGCUCUUCCAGCGGAUUAUGCUUGUCAUUGUUAUGGUUGUCUGGGUUACGACAGUGAUGACUUCCGUGUACUACCGUCUCACUACAGAUUCUGAAAUUGGUACCAGCUUCUCCACCUCGUCUAUUCCAACCGGUUCACUUCUUCACGGGAGGAAACUUGCAUCACGGUAAUCAAUUGAUGUUUGGACAACGUUGAAGAAUGUACUGUAAUCAGAUGUGUACCUGUGAAGUCUCACCCCCAGACAUUUUUGAGAAUUUAGGUUACGGGAUUACCCCAGAAUCGACUCACCAGUUUGCUUGCAGGAUGCAACGAUGAUGUGUCUGCGUGAAUGACCUAGACAUGAAUCGUACUCCAUGCAAUCGCCGGCAUCUCGAGGGCUUUCGCUCGCUUGAUUCACAUUCGUCUGUUGUUGAUUCCCAUUGAUCGAACGGUUUCUCAUUGGUUCGGAAGCAGCCGAUGCCACACAACGAGAAAAAGCCGUGGUUGUUGACUGCAGCCCUCUUCCCCAUCUACGCCAACGAGUUCAUGAAAUGAAAGCUGCAUUUAUGGCGUGAAAAAAGCUAGAGAGGCUCCAGGGCUUUGCAACGAAGUUUAGCACAAACUCAUAGCACAUUCUCGCUAGUAUGUUUUCUUUUUUUGUCGAUCCGGCGAUUUCAUCGUAGUAGCUAAGUAUUGUGGAGGAUAGAAAGCAUUGUAGCACUGUUGUACGAUAUGUGCUUCUUCUGCUAAUCAAGCCAGGCACAAACCAUUCUUUGUACGAGUAGAACCGGGUAUUGAAAUGCUCGGCCGAUGUAUCUCGUCAUCACCAACGUGGCUUAGAAAUUGCCGAUAAGCAUCUUUUCGCUUUUCAA